AUGCUCUACAUGAGCCCUCUCGAUGAUGCCCGUCACGACUCCCCACGAGGGUCCAUUACUAGUCCCCAGGACUAUGGCACGCCAAAGACCACCGACUUGCUGGGAUGCAACGGAUGCAAUCCUGAUGACUGUGCAUGCAUCAAAGAGAUUGCUAACGACAUGUCGUUCCAAACCCAACUACUGACUCCCAUGGAGGCUGUACCACUACCUCCACGUGAUGGUACAACCCCCAUGACUGGCAUCGAGCGGUCUGAUAGCAAUCCAGUCAAUGAAACUGGGGGUUUCGAGGAACAAGAGAUUGACUUCACCGCCAAAUUUGCCCGAGUAACGAACCGCGCUCCGCAACAGUCCGAUGCGAUGUUAUCCUUGAAUGAUGAUCCUUCCAAGAACCAGGAUUGCGGUUGGUGUGAGGGUCAUCCAGAGCUUUGUCUUUGCAAGGACGCAUCCAUUCGUCCUGAUGGCCCUGAUGGUAUGGCCCCAGUUGAGAUCAUGGAGGAUGUAAAGCUUGCCCCGGUCAUGGGCGGGCCUGGAAGCUGCGAAGACUGUCAACGGAACCCUAAGCAGCGAGCUUGGUGCCAAAGAAUCGCUCAGCUACGGAGCGAAGCGACACCACCUCUCUCGCGGCGAAAUUCGAACCAAAGUAACAACUCUUCCAGUUCUCGCCGUGGCUCAAGUACAAGCGUACCUCGUCCCCUCUUGCGCCGGGACUCUAGCAGAAGUGUUGCGCUCCCCGCUAUGGAGCCCAAAGUGGAAACCCAAAUCGACCUUAACAAGCCUUGCUCCUCUCCGGCUGUUGGUGAGAGAUCGAUUGGGUGCAGUGAUGCCUUUAAGCUGCUUGACGGCCGUGUACCGGUCGAUGACGAUCAUAUGGAUUGGAGGCACCUCAAGCCUAUACCUCACACAUCUCUCCCACGAGAAGGUCGACGAGAAAUUUUCACUAUGGAGCCUGGGAUGUAUAGUGCAAUGGAGCUAGAUGCUAGUAGCAUCCUGACCACACUGCAACACGCCAGGCACCCCAUCAAGCCACGUCCCUCAGAUGGCAGCCACGCAACGCUUGUACGGCUUGCUGAAGAGCGAAGAAGAGCUGGGGAUUCGCCCAUGGCCAAUGCCAGUGAUGAGGGUGGACUCGGUGCAGUGUCUCAGUUCAACGUGGCGAAGUAG